AUGCAAUUUGAUUCAAUCUCAUUUUACGCAAGUAUGUACUUUUCUGCUUUGAUGACUUUAAAUCGUUUUGCUGUUUUCUUCUGUGAAUCUUUAAAUGAAAAACUUUUUAGUAAUCGACCUAUGAAAAUAAUUCUUUUUGUUAUUUGGAUAUUUGUUUUUGUUUUUAUUACCAUUUAUUCUAUAUCUGGUUGUUUAAAAACUUUCUCUCCAACUGGAUUCUUUAUGUAUAAUUUGUGCAGCUCUCCAAAUUUUUUAAUGAAUUUCUUUAAAAUGUGGGGGUACUAUGCAAGUACUUAUUUACCGGCUGCCAUGUUAUUGGCAUAUUUUGCUAUUUAUAUCCGUGUUCGAUAUUUUGUUAAUACUAAUUUAUUUAAAAUGAGUUCAAUGGAAAAGGAGAGAAAGAAAAGGGAGAAAAGUGUUCUUUUACAGGCAUUUUUAAUUUGCGGAUUUUUGGAAUUACAAGAUUUAGCAUUUAUUUAUAUUCCAAAAAUACCUGUAGAAGGUCAAUGGAGUUAUUUACUAACAUUUACAAUUAAUUGGAGUGGAAUUUUGUUAAAUUCAAUGAGUCCAAUAAUUUUAUUUAAUUUUAACAAAGAAAUAGCUGAAGGACUUAAAAAAUUAAUUGGAGAUAAUAUACUUCAAAGAUUCUCAUCUGUAACACAUGUACAUACAAUACAACAAACAUCAAUGCAAUCAGCACAACAUUAA